UCUUGCUAAGAGUUACCUGAAGGGUCCCUCGAAAUCGUGGACGCCAUGCUCGCGUACCCGGGACUCUGGUGGGGCCUCCUGCUGGAAAACCGGGUCCUGACCUCCAGCCUCCUUCAGGAUAGCCUCUGCUACGGCUCCGUCAUGCUGGCUACCUACCAGGAGUCUUCAACCACGGAUUUCUCGCUGGCUAGUCUACACACGCGCGUGGUAAGACAACCUCCCUGGUACUAUGGAGAAGAGCAACGGACCUUCAUCCACCCUCUGUACAACCGGACGUGGAUUCGCCUCCCGAAGAAUUUCCACGAAGACCACCUGGACACCCGGAAUCAGGUGAAGGUGGUGUACGUCGCUUACAAUGAGCUGCAUUGCACUGUCAACAGCGUGCCGUGUAACCCGCGAAUUGCAAAGCACAAACGUGACUUUCCAGCUCGAGAUCAAGUCAACAGUGCCGUUAUUGGUGCCAAAGUGGGCGGGGUUUCGACCUGGCAUGCCGCACUAGACGAAUACGUUGAAAUCCGCCUCCAACACAUCUACACGGGCGACAUCUACCUCCUGGGACGUCCGACGUGCGUGUGGUGGGACAUCCGAUCUCACGGUGGGCGAAGGACGGCUGCCGGCUGGUGGAGACCGAUGAUUUGUCUCUGUCUGUCACUGCAGUCACCUGACGAACCUCGCCGUUCUAUGGAUAUCACGGACUCGUGGAUGAUACUGAUGUAA